AUGAAGUUCUCCGCCUCUUUCGUCUUCGCAAUCGUAUACGCGACCCAAUCGCUCGCUCUUCCCACCGGGAUCAAUGCCGACGGCCAGCUCAUCGAGCGCCAUUACUCUGCUCCGACGCAGCCUGAGACGUAUAUCCCACCGAGCCCUCCGUCGAGCACAUAUGUCCCUCCAGCCAACACUUACGUACCCCCUGCCAACACCUACGUUCCACCGGUCCAAACAUACGUCCCUCCUGCCUCUCCUUCCAUCACAUAUGUUCCACCAGUCGAGACUUAUGUCCCACCGGUCAACACGUACACUCCACCUAGCCCUCCUACCACCUAUGUCCCUCCCGCGAGCACCCAGACGACACACACCCCGCCUGCAACGACGCACACACCCCCUCCGCCGAAAGACGAUUGCUCUGCUGUCCACAAGGCCACCUUCCUCCAACGCGCCUACAGCGGCGGCGCGACCGACCACUUCUACACCACCAACGGCAACGAGAUGACCAAUGCCGUCUCCCACCUGGGGUACACGAAGGAAGGUCAUGCGGCAAAGGUGUACAACACCAAGGAGGCGGGUACGAUCCCUCUCUACCGCUUGUUCAGUCCCUCUGCAGGCGAUCAUUUCUACACGACUUCGGCUGGGGAGAGGGACAACGCAGCGAAGGCGCUAGGAUACAAGAGCGAAGGCAUCGCCGCCUACAUCUAUAAGAAGCAGAUCUGCGGGAGUGUACCCUUGUACAGGCUCUACAGCCCUUCAGCAACGGACCACUUCUACACGAUUUCGAAGAGCGAGGCGAACAACGCUGCGUCUAAACUUGGGUAUAUGAAUGAGGGAGUUGCUGGCUACGUCCUUCCCCCUCACUAA